ACCUCUUGCGCUGGAAAACCCGUUUUAAACACAUCAGAAACGAGUCGUGUUGAUUUAGAGGACGUCAUGAAAUGUGGAUCGAAAACGUAGAGCAUCGAUCCUUGGAUCCCCACAAUGCUCAGUCCAGUCGCGCCUCCAGUGUGUGACGGAGACCCCAUCAGCAGUCGAUGAAGGUCCCGCUUGCUGUCGUCUGAUUGGUGGAUCAUCACGUCGGGACCACUUCUCAGCCAGUCCUGAACUGCAGGCCCACCCCAUUUCCACUCCCAUCCCCCCCUUCCUCACACACUCCUGCCCUGCUGUGCACUCCAGCACUCACUUGUGAAAAUGCGCUGGCACUCUUGCAGCACAUGGGACUCUGCUGCGUGUGUGUGAGUCAGCGAACAAAGUUAGUCGUGUGUUUUCUGCGCCGCAGCGGCAGACAGUCUCCUCUGCGGCACACUCGGACCUCACCGAAGCGCAGUCACGGAGCGACCGCAGCGCCUGCACAGAGAUGGAGGUUCCCCAGAUGCCCCAGACAACCUCCUCCUUCACUCUUCCUCUCAGCAAAUCGCCCUCCUCCGCUCUUCCUCCGCUUAAAGUCGUGAGGAAGAUCUCGAGGAACCAACUCAUGAUGGAGAACGUUCAGGAGAAGAAGGACGAGGAGGCAGAGGAAGACCAGGCCACGGCCAGCGUGUCAGCGGAGGAACCGGCCGGCAGCUCGACGCUUCAGGCACAGGACAGUUUCUCAGAGGACAGUUUGGUGCCUGAGGAGCCGUCGUUGGAGGAGACCAGCAAGAAGAAGGAGGAAGAGGAAGCUGCAGCCAGAGCGAUGAAAGCCCAGAGACAAGCCAUGGCCAUCGACGAGCUGGUCCAGUCUGAGAGGAACUACCUGCACAUGCUGCAGAUCAGCACGGUCAGCAUCAGGAGCAACCUGCAGAAGAUCCAGCCUCCUCUGGCCAACCUGAGCCGCAUGUUCCUCUACAUCCAAGAAGUGAUGGACGUGUCAGGUCGACUGCUGAGUCUUCUGGACCAGAAGCAGGUCCGAUCUGGGGACCCGCUCUUCCUGAAGACGCUCUGUGACACCUUCCUCCACCUGUCCUCAGACCUUGAGGCGGCAUACAAAGAGUACCUGGCCAACUACAGCCAGGUGACUGUGAUUGAGAACAGCUACAAGCAGAAGGAGCAGCUCUGGAAUGACAUCAUAAAGAUCAUCAAGUCCUCUGCGCCUGAAGUCAACGCCACCUCUCUGAGCUUCUUCCUGGUGAUGCCGGUGCAGAGGAUCGCCCGCUACCCGCUCCUCCUGCAGACCAUCCAGAAGCACACGGAGCCCUCCCACCCGGCGUACUCGCUCCUGGAGGAGACGGCUCACACCUCCAUCGCCUUGAACUACCGCAUCAACGAGUAUAAGCGCUUCAGAGAAGUCGCUGACAAGUACAAGAAGAGCGAAAGUCUGAGCAUCAGGGACAAAAUCAACCGACUCAACACGCACAGCAUCGCCAAGAAGACGGCGCGGAUCAGCCAGUACCUCAAACACGAGACAGGGAUGGUUCCAAAGCUGGUGGACGAAGAGUUCGACGCCCUGGAGGGAUUCUUCUACGUCCUGGAGCACGGGAUCCUGCUGCUUCUGGAGAACGUGGAGAUGUACCUGCGCCACCUACAGAGCUUCCUGGCCUGUAAAACAGAGCAGUUUGACUUCGACAUGGACGGAGAGAAGGAGCCCAUCUGCUAUAAAGAGAUCACCACCGCACUGCUGCAGUGGGUCCUUCCUUCCUUUGAGAAGAGACUGAGGACUUUGAUCCACAAGCCUCUUUGUUGUCUCCGUGACCUCCUGGUGGGCCCGAGGAACCUGAUCAGGAAGAGAUUGGACAAGCUGCUGGACUACGAGCUGAUCGAAGCCAAGUCUUCUCUGAGCUACGAGGAGCAGGCAGUGGCCAACAACUACAAGACUCUCAACACACUCCUGCUGAAUGAGCUGCCUCAGUUCAACGGCUUGGCUCUGCAGAUGAUCUGGAGCAUGCUGGGGACCUUCAGCUGCCUCCACAGGGACCUGGCCUCAGACAUGGAGCAGCUCUUCCUGGGCUUCGCCCAACAGCUUCCACACAGCGCAGUGGAACCGGCGGUCUUCUGGGAGUGGGCCGAGUCUGCAGUGCUGGAAGGAGCCAGGAGGCUGGAGACGCUCUGCAGAAGUGUGGAGGAGACACUCAACGCUCCCGUGGCUCAGACUCUGAGUCCGUCGUCGCAGCGUCGCCUGAAGCAGCUGAUGGACAAACACGGCUCUGGAAAGAUCUACCAGGUGACGGUGGCGGUGGCGGGCACUCGGGACCUGGACCUGACUCUGAACAAGGGGGAGCUGGUGGCCGUCAUCAGUGAGAUGGACACUCGCGGGGACAAGAGGAGGUGGCUGGUGGACGCUGGAGGCCGCAGAGGCUACGCUCCGUCCUCCAAGCUGAUUCGCUAUCACCAGCCGUCUGAUGACCCGCCCCCCUCGCCACACCUGACCUUCCCUGAUGGCGCCCCCGGCCUGAGGAGACACUCGUACACUGUAUACACAGAAUACAGACCCUCCAGCGUCAGCACGCUGCCGCUCUUCCAGGUGUUCGCCGCCUACGACUUCACAGCAAGAGGGAACCACGAGGUCUCGCUGCACGCCGGCGAAGCCGUCCGAGUCCUGGAGCCACACGACAAGAGAGGGAACCGUGAGUGGAGUCUGGUGGAGGCGCGAGGCAGCCAGCGAGGCUACGUGCCGUCCAACUACCUCACCACGGCACCCACAAGCCUGGCGCCGCCUGGCUUCAGGUCCUUCAGCUGACCCCGCCCCCCUCCCGUUUCUGUAUGAAGCAUUUUUUUAACAGUUUGACUCGCUGGAACCUUUAGCUUAACAAGUGCCGUGUUGGUGUCUUUGGUGACAUCAUCAGAGGGCGCCACACGUACAGAGCUUUUGAGAAAAUAAUCGUUUCAUUUGCACGUGUGCCAAACUGGUCGUCCCUGAGACCAACUCAGAGCUAACAGUCACAGAAAUCUAGCGCUAGCUGUGAAUCUGAAGGAGCAGAUAAUCAAACAAUGGAGCAGGCGAACAAUGCUCAUGCUCAUGCAAGCAGAAGUGUGUGUGUGUCCUUUGUGUUGUCAGAGAGUGUGUAACUGUUGUGUGUUUGUGUGGCAUUUGUUGUCGUGUGUGUGUUUGUUUCUCUGUUGUUGUUCAUUUGCAUAUGAGUGUGUGUGUGUCGUCUUCCUCCUCACCUGGAGGCUGCAGCUCCACAAUGAGGACUGACAGGAACACGGUGCUCUCAUCAUCUCCAACUGUGUAAUGUGAUGUAAAUGUAAAAUGUCUGCCAGCCAGGGGAGGGGGAGGAUGGGGUGUGGGGGGGGUACGUCUACUGAACUUGUGGCUGUAGACGAGGUGUGUGUGUGAGAGAGAAAGAGAGAGAGACAAGGAUGUUUAGUCUCCACUCCCCUCCUGCUGCCAGAAUCAGCUCCUGCCAGAAUCCAGUCUCAGAGUGACCAGCGUCUCCAUCUCAGCCCCAGAGCGCAGCCAGGACUCAGAGGGUCGAGUCAAGUUGCAGCUGGAAUGAGUUUUGGAUGCAUUCAAACUGCUCACCCAUAUAAUAAAGCAUCACCAGACUGGAGGUAAACUACAGUAGUAGUAGUGUUUAGUGAUAAUGACUUAUUAUAUGUAUCAGUUAUUACUUGUGUUUUUCUGUCACUCACGCACGAACAAAUGUGCUGACUGAAUUUAAGAACUUAAACCUCAUAAUUCAAAUGGAAAGACUUUGCUGUCAAACCUUGGCACCGUGGACGGGAAAGCAGAAAUUCAGACUGAGAAGUUGAGAUUGUGACUUCAAGGUCAGAACUCCUGUUUCGAAAACAGGAGGAGAAAAUGCGGCAGAGAAUGCUGAGACUCGCCAACUGAGAAUCCUGACUCAGAAUAAGCUAAUCCUGACUUGAAGAGAGAGAAAGCCAGAGUCGUUUGAUCCAUGGAAGAGUAAGUUCCUCAUUCAAAAUGGAGAAAUCCAGACUGAAACUCCUAAUCUUGUGGGGAUUCUUGUCAGUUUCUUCUGUAUUUUCCAGUAGUUUGCCUGGUUAUUGACUUGUUUAGAUGAACAGAACACAAGGACUUAAGUGACACACACCUAGAGGCUCUGAUGGAGAUGAGAGGUCGAGGCCUCGUGACUCCAGCAUCAGAAACAUUGUAAAAACCGCUGCGACUUUCCUCCAUCUUGUGAGUUUGUGCUGAAUCAGCGAGCGGCGUGAGGCGGAGAACCAGAGCAGCUCAGCUGGAGAUUAGCUGUUCCAUCAGUCUGAAUGUCAGGACGUGGGAGAGCAGCAGGGGGGAGAGUGAGGGAGAGUGUGUCCGUGUGUGGGAGUGUGUUUGGCUGAGAGGUUCUGUGCUGGAGUGUUUGUUUCUCUCAGAGUGUGUUUGUGCGUCUCUCUCUGUGUGAGAGUCUGGUGUGGUCCUAUGUGUUGUGAGUUGGUGUGUGUGAGAGCGCUGGCUGCUGCUUUAUAUUCUCCAAAAUGCCAAAAGUGAACUGAAGGUUGGUGAGGAGGAGCAAAAUUUGGAAUCCUUUCACCGACCUUCCAGAAGUUCGAGUCAAACCGAGCUCGGAGCGAGUCGCGACAUUUAAGCGCACAUUUUUAUGCCUUUCUGGAGUUGAAUUAUGUAUCAGCUGGCUCUGCUACAGCGCCCCCUACAGGCAGCCAACAUGAAGGAGCUCAUUAUUGCGAAAGCGGCCUUGCGACCAGGACUUUUCACACACUUGUGUUCAAGACUGACUACAGUUUUAGUGGUCAUAAUGUUUCCUCUGAGACUGACAUGUUAUUGUUGACCAGUGGAGGGAGCUGUCAGUAUUAUACCUGCAGCCAGCAAGCUCGCUCUUGGACGCCCUGUUAAUAGCUGUGAUUGUUUAACCGGCUUCAGCGCGUUAAUAAUUUAUUGUGUUCUAGUUUGUUUGUAACUUAUUUGACGCCGUGGGCCGCGCGUGCGCCUGAGCGAGUCUGUGAAGUGUUGCCAAACAUGUGUCUGACACUCCCCGGUGUGCCUGCGGCAGAUGGAGGAUCAUGUGACCAAGUAAAGUGAGAUCCAUGACAACUUCCUGUCUUUUGUUUGGUUUGAUGCAUGUGGACGUUCAGCGCAGUCCUCGCUGGACGAGUGUCUGUUGAGGGAAAGAGAGUUUCUGGUUUAGUACUAAAUUGUUCCAUAAAGGCAAUGGGUGCAGGUUUUUGUUCCAAGCCAAAAUUGAGACAACAAAAAAUCUGAAAUAAAAAGAGACUCCCAUCAUCUUGCUCAGUGUUUUAUGGGCUCCUGUCCGGGGAGGUUCGGGGUCCAGGAUAAGCCUCAGCACAAGCACAU